AUGAUGAAAACGGGGCCUCGGUUGACCACCACCCAGCCACCGGACACCAUGGACAUCAUCCGGAGCAAGACCCACACCCUGCGGGUGAGGCUCAACGUCGGGGGCCUCAUCCACGAGGUCAUGUGGAGGACGCUGGACAGGCUUCCACGCACCAGAUUGGGCAAACUGAAAGACUGCAACACCCACGAAUCCAUUAUAGAGAUCUGCGACGACUACUGCUUGGACAACAUGGAGUUCUUCUUCGACAGACACCCAGGGGCCUUCACCUCCAUCCUCAACUUCUACCGUACAGGGAAGUUGCACAUGAUGGAGGAGAUGUGCGCCCUGUCCUUCAGCCAAGAGCUGGACUUCUGGGGUAUCGACGAGAUCUACCUGGAGUCCUGCUGCCAGGCCAGGUACCACCAGAAGAAGGAGCAGAUGAACGAGGAGCUCAAGAGAGAGGCUGAGAACUCGAGGGAUAGGGAGGGAGAGGAGUUCACCACCACGUGUUGUUCUGAGAAGAGGAAGAAACUCUGGGACCUCCUGGAGAAGCCGAGCUCAUCGUUCGCUGCUAAGAUCCUGGCAAUUAUCUCCAUCCUCUUCAUUGUGCUGUCCACCAUUGCCUUGUCUCUGAACACCCUUCCAGAGCUGCAGGACACAGAUGAAUUUGGUCAUCCCACAGACAACCCACAACUGGCUCACGUGGAAGCUGUGUGCAUUGCCUGGUUCACCAUGGAGUACCUGCUCCGUUUCCUCUCCUCCCCCAGCAAGUGGAAGUUCUUUAAGGGUCCUCUGAAUGUUAUCGACCUUCUAGCCAUCCUGCCAUACUAUGUCACCAUCUUUCUAACUGAAUCCAAUAAGAGUGUGCUGCAGUUUCAGAACGUGCGCCGUGUGGUUCAGAUUUUCCGGAUCAUGCGUAUCUUGCGUAUUCUGAAGCUGGCGCGUCACUCCACAGGUCUUCAGUCUCUGGGCUUCACUCUCAGGAGGAGCUAUAAUGAGCUGGGACUGCUAAUCCUUUUCUUGGCCAUGGGCAUCAUGAUCUUCUCCAGUCUAGUGUUCUUUGCAGAAAAGGAUGAAGAGGACACCAAGUUCAAAAGCAUUCCAGCUUCUUUCUGGUGGGCAACCAUAACUAUGACCACAGUAGGUUACGGAGACAUCUAUCCAAAGACUUUACUGGGAAAAAUAGUUGGGGGUUUGUGUUGCAUCGCCGGAGUACUUGUCAUCGCCCUGCCUAUUCCUAUCAUUGUAAAUAACUUCUCUGAAUUCUACAAAGAGCAAAAGAGGCAGGAGAAAGCCGUCAAAAGAAGGGAGGCCCUGGAGCGGGCGAGGAGAAAUGGCAGCAUUAUCUCCAUGAACAUGAAAGAUGCAUUUGGCCGCAGUGUAGAGCUCAUGGAUAUAAUGGUGGAAAAAUCUGAUGAAAAAACAGAGAAGCUGCAUGAUAAUCACGUUUCUCCUAGUGUGCAGAGAGGGACACCCAACCUCAGGGGACAGAUGAGCCCCUCCAGCCCCAUAAAGACCCUGGAGUCAAGCUACCAAGAGCAAGCCAAGCCCUCCAGCAGCCCUCAGCAUCUUAGUGUGCAGAAGCUGGAGGAGAUGUACAACAAGAUGGCCAGGACUCAGUUACAACCCGACUCCGACAGCAAGGAAAAAGGGCCUCUGUCCAAAGCAGUUGGGCAGAGAGCUGAAUUUGAGAUGGCGUGCAUCGCCACUGACGGCAUCUCAAGCACAACAGAGGCAGUCCCAGAUAUGAGGAGCAUUUCCAGCAUUGACAGCUUCAUCAGUUGCACAACUGAUUUGGCUGAGAGCUCUCGCGUCACCCACAGCUCAAACAGUAACGUGCCAGGGAAGGUCAGCACCAACCCCAGCCUGGAGCCCACCCCGGAGAUUGAGCAUGAAGGAUCUCAUGGCACCAGAACACCUCAGACAGGACAAGGCAAAAAGCCCAGCCUGUAUUCCGACAGCCCCAGGGGUCAACGAUUCAACAAGCCACACAAAAGCCACUCGCUCAAGGUCAACUUCAGAGAGGGUGAGGACACAGGGACAGGGCCGCUUUCAGACAGCUCGUCAGUCCAGAGCCCAGAAGUGUCCAUCUACACAACUGCCAGCAGCAGGACACCCACCAAGAGCCCAGAGAAUUUACCACCCAGCAUCUUCACCUUCCAUGAUUCAUCCAUCAAUAAGUUCAUUGAUGCUGACACCGAUGAAGAGGAUCACCUGCGAGAUGGCUCGGGCACCAACCCAUCCCAGAGACUACUGGAAAAAGCCAGCCCCAAGUUUGGCCAUCACACCAGCUUCCAGCAGGGGUCCAACCACAAAGGGGGUCUCCAGAGGAGGCUGGGUAACAGCACACUGCCGUUAGAGGGGCAGGAGAACCAUGUGGCUCGGGAACUACAGCCACUUCACGGAGAGAAGAGUCCCUCCAAUGCUUAA